UGGCUCGGAGAAUCUUAGAAGGUGUUUGCGUUUGUAUAAGAGGAUAUCCUGGGUAGUGAGGACCACAGCGAUAAUUGCAGAUUCAGGAUAUACUGGAUCAUUUCCUGAGUGUGAGUGCUGCUACAAAGUGUAAAAUAGCCCAUGCCACUGGCUGCAAAGAAUCUCCACAAAGAGCUGGGAAUAGGAGCUAGCCAGAUCAGAGGCAAUUUCUACAGUUUAUCUCAGUUGGGCCGACUUCAAAUCCCGCCUGAAGGGCAAGAGGUCUGCGGAGUGGAAUGCCUCGAGGGCAACAGGGGGAGGUCCUGCUGCCACUGUGGAAUACACAGAUCUUGAGGAGAUAGUGAUGGACUGUGUGAGCUACGAGGAGGGGGUUGGGGUGUCUCAUAUGGACACGGACCUGCCUGAAAUACUCCAUGCACAUAACUUGCCAGACACUCCUGUCCUGACCUGCAAUGCCAGACGAGAUGAGUUUGGAGUCCGAGGACCAACAUGAGGAGAUUCACAACUGGACAGAGCUUAUGUACUACUUAAAUAACACAUUCUCUCUCUGUGAGGUUGACUUGGAUGAAGGUGUAAAGAACGUGUUCCUCUUCAUUUUCUAUCUUGUUAUAUUUGUUUUUGGCCUGGCUGGAAAUCUGAUAGUGAUAUGGGUCAACUGGCAAUCGAGAAGAAGCAAAAGUUCUAUUAACCUAUACAUUCUCAACAUGGCUGUGGCUGACCUUGGGGUGGUUCUUUCCUUGCCUUUCUGGAUGCUAGAGGCAAUGUUGGAAUAUACUUGGCUUUGGGGUGGGUUUCUUUGCAGAUUUACACAUUAUUUCUACUUUGCCAAUAUGUUCAGUAGUAUAUUCUUUCUCACCGCUCUCAGUGUGGAGCGUUACAUGACUUUAACAUCUACUUCAGUUUUUUGGCGACAAAACCAGCAUCGGAUCCGUAAAGCCCUUUGUAUUGGGAUCUGGGUGUUGUCUGCCAUAUUUCCAAUACCAGAUGUUAUUCACAUGCAGUUGGUGGAUGGUACAGAACCUGUGUGUAUGUUCAUGGCACCAUUUGAGACCUAUGAUGAAUGGGCUCUUGCUGUAACUCUAAUGACAACGAUUAUUGGGUUCAUAAUUCCUUUCUCUAUAAUUCUUGUUUACAAUCUGAUGACUGCCUACCACCUUAAGAAAUCUGGAAGACCAGAAAGCCGGAGACAUUGUCGGCUCAUCUAUGCUUACAUAUUGACUUUCCUGCUUAGUUGGCUUCCCUACCAUGCUACGGUGAUUACUCUGACUCUGCAUGGGACUCACAUCUUUGUCAAUUGUCAUUUGGUCCACGUUCUAUACUUUUUCUAUGAGAUUAUUGACUGCACUUCUUUGUUUCAUUGUAUGGCUAAUCCAGUCCUUUACAACUUCCUAAGCAAGGAUUUCAGGGGCAAAGUCAUCAAUGCAGUGGUUAAAUACAUACCAAAGGAGAAAAGGGUUGGUGCCAGCCCUGAAGAACGAUCUACAUCCAUCACGGAUCAUUCUGUUGUGAUAACUAAAGAGCCUGCCCCAUUGGCAAAUAUUCCUGCCCUUACUAUUCUAGAAGAGAAAGCGGUGUAAUAAAAAAAAGUCUUCCGCAGAAAAAAGUUAUAACAAUAUAGGCUUCUACGACUUUCUCUUGCAUACUGUAUUCAUGUUCAUUGAAAGGUCCCUUGACUGUCAUCAGAAUAUAUAUUCAAUGUUCCUAUCAAAAUGCACCUCAUGAGAAUUAUUUUAAGUUGCCUUGGAACAUGUGAUAACUUUGACAAUAAUGUAUAACAAUCUACAUCAGGCGAAUGGUAUAAGUUUAAAUUGCAGUUAAAUAAGCACUAAGGAAAUAAUGAAAAGCAGGCCAUAUGCAGACCAUCUUGCCACCCGGCAUCAGCACUCUACAAAACUGGACAGAUCUGAACCUUUACAGAUGUGCGGAGUGGUUUUACCACAAUGUGGAACUGUUACUGCAGCCAGCAGAUGACCACACACAAAAGUUAAAAGUGUUCACCUGGCAGAUGGAUUUUAGGAUAUGCCUGUAAAUGGUCCAAUCAAUUUUGAUUGGAUCAUUCUUGUGCAUGCUGAUCAUUUGGAGCCACAAAUGCACAUUUUAAAGCAAUUGUGCCCAUACUGUAAAUUGGCCUUACUUAAGUCUUUGGUUUCCGCUCAGGUAAGAGGAAUAUUAAAAAAUCGCAAACCAGGCUUGGCUGAACAUGUACAACUAAUUCAUAGAUAUUGCCGCAUUCUAAGAUGCAGAAAACACCAAUACACACAAAUAUUAACCUUGCUAUAUUUAGCUUAGAAGUGUCAUCUUGGAUUAAGGACACUCCAGAAAGGAUGAGUGGAUUACAGAAACAAAAAUCAAUUUGUAUAUACUGAACAUUUUGUAACAAAUACCUAAAUGUUUGUAUCAUAUAUGUAAGAAUGUAUUUUCAUUAAAAAUAUGAAAAGGAUUUU